AGAUAAGCAGAGGCAGUCAGUGGUCCUGAGGGCACUGCAGAACCAUGGGUGUCUCUGUGCUGAGCUCCAGCGGACUUCCAGGAGGCAUCUCUGGGCUCCUCCAAGUGGCCUCCGUGCUCAGCCUGCUUCUGCUGCUGCUCAAGGCCAUCCAGCUCUACCUGCGCAGGCAGUGGCUGCUCAAAGCCCUCCAGCAGUUCCCGUGCCCUCCCUCCCACUGGCUCUUUGGGCACAGCCGGGAGUUCCCAAACGACCAAGAACUGCAGAGGACUCUGAAAUGGGUAGAGGAAUUCCCAAGUGCCUGUCCUUUCUGGCUGUGGGGGAGCUUCGCCCGUGUCCAGGUCUAUGACCCUGACUACAUGAAGGUGAUUCUAGGGAGAUCAGAUCCAAAGGCUAAUGGUUCCUACAGAUUCCUGGCUCCCUGGAUUGGGUACGGUUUGCUCCUGUUGAACGGGCAGAAGUGGUUCCAGCACCGGCGGCUGCUGACCCCAGCCUUCCACUACGACAUCCUGAAGCCCUACGUGGGGUUCAUGGCAGACUCUGUCCGAGUGAUGCUGGACAAGUGGGAGAAGCUCGCCAGCCAGGACUCCCCUCUGGAGGUCUUUCAACCCAUCUCCUUGAUGACCCUGGACACCAUCACGAAGUGUGCCUUCAGCCACCAGGGCAGCCUCCAGCUGGACAGGAACGCCCAGUCGUACAUCCAGGCCGUGAAGGACCUGAACGACCUGUUCUUUUCCCGUGUUCGGAAUGCCUUUCUGCAGAAUGACACCAUCUACAGCCUGACCCCAUCUGGCCGCUCGAACCAGCGCGCCUGCGAGCUCGCCCAUCAGCACACAGACCGAGUGAUCCAGCAGAGGAAGGCUCACCUGCAGGCCGACGGAGAGCUGGAGAAGGUCAGGAAGAAGAAGCACUUGGACUUCCUGGACAUCCUCCUCUUGGGCAACAGGGAGAACGGCAGCAGCUUAUCAGACAGGGACCUCCGUGCUGAAGUGGACACGUUCAUGUUUGAGGGCCACGACACCACAGCCAGCGGCUUGUCCUGGACCCUCUAUGCUCUGGCCACACAGCCCGAGCAUCAGCAGAGGUGCCGGGAGGAGAUCCAGAGCCUCAUGGGGGAUGGAGCCCCCAUCACCUGGGACCACCUAGACAAGAUGCCCUACACCACCAUGUGCAUCAAGGAGGCACUGAGACUCUAUCCACCGGUGCCAGGCAUUGGCAGAGAGCUCAGCAAACCCAUCACCUUCCCAGAUGGACGCUCCCUGCCCAAAGGUAUCGUAGUCGCGCUUUCUAUUUAUGGCCUUCACCACAACCCGAGGGUGUGGCCCAACCCAGAGGUGUUCGACCCUUCCCGCUUUGCGCCGGGUUCUGUGCCACACAGCCACGCUUUCCUGCCCUUCUCAGGAGGAUCGAGGAACUGCAUCGGGAAACAAUUUGCCAUGAAUGAGCUGAAGGUGGCCGUGGCCCUGACCCUGCUCCGCUUUGAGCUGCUGCCUGAUCCCACCAGGGUCCCCGUCCCCGUAACACGAAUUGUGUUGAAGCCCGAGAAUGGGAUCCACCUGCGUCUCAGGAAGCUCCCCAAGACUUAUGGGGUCCAGGACGGGCUCUGAGGGCCUCCAUCUGCCAUCCUGCUGUCUUGCUGUCCUGACCCCUGCUCCUGGCCCCUGGCUCUCUGCCCACAUCCUGCUUUCUAGCUGCCACCUGCCAUUCUUCCUACAGCUGUCCUGCCUCCUGUCCCCUCAUCUGUGUGCCCUUGUCUCUGUCACUGACUCCAGGCUCACUACCUGUUUGUCCACCUGUCUCCUGCCCACCUGCAUCACCGCAUGUCCACCUGACUUCUGAUCCCCUGCCUGCCCUCCCGCCUGUCUGCUCCAUACCUGUGCUUUCCCUUUCUGCCCGCUUGUCUUCCCAGUAUGAGUUUCCUAUCACGCUAUAAUAAACUAGCACAACCUUACUGGCUUUAAA